AAGUUGUGAUUCUUGCGAGAAUUUUAUCUGCACAUUGAAAGUCGAGAAUCGCGAGACAGAUGGUAACUUUAUUGUAAUGAGUUCGGUGGGUGGCUGAGGAGCACAGAGGCGUCUCCCGUCUCACUGCACAAAGACUAGUGGGCAGGACGCGGACACUCCCAGCCUCUAUAAAUUCAUUCAGCAGCGGAGUCACACAGCCAUUCCCACACUCGCAACUCUUGGACGAACAGUCUUUAUCGCUCUAGCCCAAUAUCUUCUGAAAGAAACCCGUCUCUCUCUCUCUCUCACACACACACACACACACACACACAAAUAUAAAGCAUGUCUCCUCAUCUCUGCGAGUCGAACACUACCGAGCACGGACAGCUCCCUGCACAAGGAAGCAAAAGUAAAAAAAGAGAAGCCAGCGAGUUAAGAAAGACUCUGAAACCACUUAUGGAAAAGAGAAGACGUGCGCGGAUCAAUGACAGUCUGAACCAGUUAAAGACUCUGAUUCUGCCUCUAAUUGGAAAAGAUAGUCCACGGUAUUCCAAAUUGGAAAAGGCUGAUAUUCUGGAAAUGACUGUUCGAUUUCUCCAGGAUUUGCCGAAAACACCACUUUACGAUCGCCUGGAUAGCUACCGGGAGGGUUACCGUGCCUGCCUCCUUCAGCUGGGCAACCUCCUCCCGCCUUCAAAACUCAUGGGAACGGAAGCUUGCGAUCGCCUCACGGACUACCUGGAGAGGUGCAUGCCUUCGGUCUCCUAUUAUCCUUAUUCCCACAACACCAGGAGCCCGGUCGGUGCAGAGGUUUCGAGAGAGGGACGACGGAGCUUAGUCCAACCUAACCCGACUGGGGGCCCAGCGGUUCGCCGACCAUCACCGCCCAGCGUCAGCAGCCCCCGCCUCAACCCACAGGACAUCGCAGUCCACCAGGAGAACUGUAUCUGGAGGCCCUGGUAGUGGGCGUGAACACAUGAAUUUUUUUAAAAAAAAGACUGUUAACACUUAUAAAUACCUUGUACAGAAUUAAACUGUAAAGAAAAUGUGUACAUAUGGAAUUACUUUGCAUGAUGCUGGCAUUUACAGUUUUGAGAAUUGUAGUUUCUAUGCAAAACAGCAGCCUUUGUUUACCUCGAUCCGAUUAAAUAUCGAUUCACAA